GAUGACAGCCAUUCUGCUUUUAUUUUAAAAACUGUCAGUGUCGCGGCCAUUUGUUCAAACUGUUCGGUUUCUAACUUCACACUCCAUCAGAUGUGUAACAGCGAGGAUGCACAUUCAAUCUACUUCAACGCUUUUGUAAAUAAACUAACCAACCGGAACAUAGGCAACAAUGGAGAACAUGUGCACUGUGCAGGUGAAACUGGAGCUGGGACACAGAGCCCAGUUAAGAAAGAAAGUCACUACCGAGGGCUUCACGCAUGACUGGAUGGUGUUCGUUCGAGGCCCUGAGGCGUGUGACAUCCAGCACUUUGUGGAGAGAGUUGUCUUCCACUUACACGACAGCUUCCCAAAACCCAAGAGAGUUUGUAAAGAACCCCCAUAUAAAGUUGAAGAGUCAGGCUAUGCUGGUUUUCUCAUGCCUAUAGAGGUCUAUUUCAAAAACAAGGAGGAGCCUAAAAAGGUGUGCUUUAAUUAUGACCUUUUCUUGAACCUGGAGGGCAACCCACCUGUCAACCACCUGCGCUGUGAGAAGCUCACAUUUAACAACCCCACACACGAGUUCAGACGCAAGCUGGUCAAGGCCGGUGGGGUUGUAGUUAUUUCUGAGGGACCGGAGAUGAUGCCAAGGCCUAGUCCAGAUUAUCCAAUACUGCCUACUAUUCCACUCUCUGCCUUCUCAGACCCCAAGAAGAUCAAGUCCUCUCAUCCAAUAAAGGAGUCAAGUAAAGAUGGAGGAAGUGGGAGCAGCAAAGCCCCAAAAGCCCACAAGGCAACCAAAGAGCACCGAGAGCGCACACGUAAGGAUUCAGAGAGCAAGUCCACAUCCAGAGAAAGUGACCGUGAGAGUGGCAAGUCCUCACGAGACCAAUCAUCAUCUUCCUUUUCAAAGAAAGUCCCAGAUGGCAGAGGAAAAGAUGAGGGGAAAACUGUGCCCAAAGCAGCAUUUAAAGAGCCCAAACUCACAGUCAGAGAGUCCAAGAUGGAUGGCAUGUCUCCAAAAGGAGGAGGAACGGUGAUGGGCGCAGGGGGACAGCCGGACGCUCGUGUCCCGAGCAAGAGGCCAUUAUCUGCCACCGAGUCUCCAAAGCUGAGUACCAAGAAACAGAAGAGGAUAGGCUCUGAGGGCAUGAAGGGGCCUGUGAGUGGAAGCUACAGCAGCAACUCUCCCCGCAUUACCUCAACAACACCCUCCACACACCCCGAGAAGAAAACCCCUAAAGAUAAAAGCCACUGGCCAAAGAUGAAACCAGAGGUGCAGGAAGUGAAAAGGCAACCAGAAUCCGACGAAUCCAACUCUGAGGAUGAAGCCUCUUCCAAAUCAGAGCAGUCGGCUCCAUCCAGUCCAUCUAGUUCCAGCUCCAGCUCCAGCUCUGAUUCUGACUUUGAGCCGUCGCAGAAGCAAGGACAAGGGCCACUCAGUUAUAUGGUAGAGGAAAUGCGCUCUGAAGGCUCUGAUGAUGACAGCAGCUCUGAGGUUGAGACGCCCAUGAAGGCGACUCCACCUAACCAGGACUCUCGUUUAAGCAUGGACAGUGAGAGUGAUGGUAAUGAGGAGUCCCGUCCUCCCAGCCAGGAAGCCCCCUCACCUCUACCCAAACUCAGCUCAGCAAACCUCAAGAUGAUAGGAAAAAAGAGCCCCGAUUCUUGCACCCGCGAGAAAGUGCUCAAGAGGGGAUACGACAAGGUAGGAAGGGCUUAUACAGAGGAGCUUGUGGACCUCCAUCGCAGGCUGAUGGCUUUGAGAGAGAGGAACAUUUUGCAGCAGAUUGUGAACCUCAUAGAAAAGACUGGCCAUUUCAACAUCACCAAUACAACCUUUGACUUUGACCUGUUCUCCUUGGAUGAGUCAACUGUGCGUAAACUCCAGAGCUACCUGGAAGCCACAUCCACAUGACACAAGCUGCUCGGCCAUGAUUGUGUGUGAGAGAGAGGCCUCCAAACUGACUGGGGGCAGAGCGAAAGGUGUUGAAAGCAACAUAUAAAUGCACAGGAACAAACAACAACGAAAUGAGAAAACAAAAGAAACUUUAUACUGUACUAGAAAUAAGCAAAUGAAAGGACCAUGGGCAUAAAGGGGCGGUAUUCAGGGUUUAUCUAAUAACAGCACUGCGCAUUGCACUAAGAAUCAAACUGUUGGCACAAUACUGUCCAAAAUGGACAAGAUCUCGCAUAGGCACCGUGGAUGAGAUAAUGUAUUAGAAGUAGGUACAUUUCAAGGCUUGUUUUGCACCAAAGUUAUAACACUGGUGGAAAGGAUCCUUGGCUCGGGCCUUUAUGCAGGCAGCGGCGAUGACUGAAAGACUGUGUCCCCUCUCUACCCCUUCACUCUUCUGCACAGCGUGGUGGCCUGGAAAGAGCCCAACUAGAUCAAACCUUAUCGGUAUACUGUGUGCGUCUGCAUAGAUUUGUAGCCCCAUGUGUUGGAUAAAGUACAUACUGUCAAGCUUUGGUGAUAGAUGCUCCCUCGGAUCAGCUAAUAGGGAAAAACUAUCUGCCUUUGUAGUGCCUUUUUACAAUAUCAUGUUUUUAAUUAUAAUUGUUUGUGAGUCUCUCAUUGGUCUUCGGAUGAGCAAAAACGAUCUGUCAACAUUAAAAUGCCUGAAAUUGUCAUUCAAAGCCCUUUUAAACACGGUUUAAUACCUGUCCGGAGAGAACGUGAUAUGAGGGAACCGUUCUGCAUGUGUGAUCUGAGAAGGUCUUGUGCAUUAUUCUAUGUUUUUUGAUGGUCAGCAACAUGAAGUCAAUUUGUUACGCAUUUGAAGUUCUUUUUGUAGUUUAUUUAAGUAACUGUGCACUUUUUUUCUGGUCACUUCAGUGCUUUGUAAUUAUUUGAUAACUAUAUUUAUGAAUCUUUUUUUUUUUUUUUUUUAUAUUUUUUUAAUAUUGACUUGCAAAAAUGUACAGAUUUUUGUCAAUGUUUUUAAAUGCAUCUAUUGAAGUCAUAUUAUUGAUUAUUCAAUCACUCAAGAGAAUAUGCAGACGGAUUGAAAGGGGGGUGUUUUGGCUGUAUUCCAAUGGUGCGAUUGGAAAAAAAGAGUCUUCUGUUCACCUGAAGUAUUAUACAAGUGAAAAUGUAUUUGUGUCAGAUACGUAUUGUCUGAUGAUAUUGCUUUUUAAAAAGCAUACCUGCUUGACAUUUUAUUCUCUAUUGUCGAUUGCCAGUUACCCUUUUUGAUUCUCAAUAAUGUAUGGUUAUAAAGUAAACAAUGUUUUCAGUGAAACGUUUGUGGCAGAUGUAUGUUACAUCAUGGGAAAGUUUCAGUGAUCUGUGUUUGUGCAUGAUUGACAUGUGAAUAAUCACUUGCAGGAAUACGCAUUCAACAUUCACAACCCUAUACAUUUUUCAGCUAUCCUCAGGACUAUUGCAAAUACAAUAGAUGCUCAUAAUAAAUCCAAAAGCAUAAAACUUGAAGCGCAUGGUGAAAAUGUCUAGCAGGCCACUCUUUUUUCCAUGUUUGCUUCUCUGCCAUAAAAGUAGCAUAUUCAUAUCAAGGGGAAUGGGGUAAUUUACAGUGUUUAUGUAAAUAUGUAACAAUAUGCAUUAUAGGCUAUCAUAUUAUGGAAAGCUGAAAUUGUGGAAUCAUUAAAGAUCAUUCUCCGCUUAGUUUA